AUGGCAAGUGAAACUCCAUCAAACAAGGCGUACGUCCUUGGUGUUGGAAUGACAAAGUUCAUCAAGCCCCGGGGACUACGCCAGUAUCCAGACUUGGGCUACGAAGCCGGCAUCAAAGCCAUGCUAGACGCCCAGAUAAACUACGACGAUGUUGAGCACGGCGUGGCCUGUUUUGCCUACGGCGAUUCAACGUCUGGGCAGCGCGUGUUCUACCAAUUUGGCAUGUCAUCCAUUCCCAUUAUCAACACCAGCAAUGCAUGCGCCACUGGAUCCGUCGGCCUGUAUCUGGCUCGUACCCUGGUGCAGACCGGAAAGGCUGACUGUGUUCUCGUGGUGGGAUUCGAAAAGAUGAAUCCGGGGAGCUUGAAGAGUGUUUGGAGUGAUAGACCUAGUUCUAGUGGUCGCUUUGCUGCCAAGAUGCAAGAGUUGGCUGAGCCUUCGAAUUCUCCGCUGACGGCGCAAUAUUUUGCUAACGCCGGGCGAGAAUACAUGGCAAAGCAUGGGGCAAAGGAAGAGGACUUUGCGGAAAUCGCCCGUGUUUCGCAUGAGCACUCGCAACGUAAUCCCUAUGCCCAGUUCCAGCAGAAAUACAGCCUCAAGGAAAUUCAAGAUUCGCCUACCAUCCAUUCGCCUCUCACCAAGCUGCAAUGCAGCCCGACCAGCGACGGGGCGGCAGCGGCAGUCAUAGUGUCGGAAAGGUUCCUCGCUGCCCGGUCACACCUCAAAGGACAGGCUAUUCUCAUGGCUGGCCAAGCAUUCUGCACCGACUCCCCCAAGACCUUCGGCAACAGCGCAAUGGAGCUAGUGGGGUAUGAUAUGUCACAACGGGCCGCCAGAGCAGCCUUGGCCGAAGCGGGCGUCACAGCGGAAGAGAUUCGGGUCUGCGAACUGCAUGACUGCUUUUCCACAAACGAAUUGCUACUUCUUGAUGCCCUCGGGUUCAGCGAGCCAGGAAAGGCGCACGAGAUGGUUCGAAGAGGAGACAUCACAUAUGGAGGCAAGAUGGUGAUUAAUCCGUCUGGUGGUCUCAUCUCCAAAGGCCAUCCUAUUGGAGCUACAGGACUGGCUCAAUGUGCUGAGAUGACAUGGCAGCUUCGUGGAUGGGCCAAUACGCGACUUGCUGGUGAGACACGCGUGGCGCUGCAGCACAAUCUCGGCCUCGGAGGCGCGGUAGUUGUCAAUGUCUAUAAACGUGCUGAUGGAGAGGCUAGCAGCAAGGUUAGCGAUGGUGGAGUGGCUAAACAUAGCUGGCUCGGCUAUAACCCUGCGGUAGAAGCCCGAGGUAUAACCUCUGAUGACGCCGACAAGGUGAGGAGCAAGAAAUUCAGGAAUGAUUUCGCUCUUGGGGAAACGGUUGAUCGAAUCCAAGGUGCUGCGAAGCUAUGA